AUGAAGAACUUCUUUGGUAGCGGCAAGAAGCCAACGUCCUCCACUCCUCCUCCUCUUUCCUCUACUAGGAAAUCCGCCACUUUCGAGGAGCGCGACCGUGAGAACCACGAUCCGGCCGAACAACCUCCCGCAUACUCGGAGCCUUCUUCUCCUGCGAGAGCAAAGUCGCCUUCAAAGCCUUCAAAGAGACUAUCUCGGCCCGCUUCUUACGCCGCCGAGUCCACAAAAUCUUCCUCGCGUUCUUCUAGACUGUCGAGGCAAUCUACCGACCCGGGCCAUUCUCACUCCCAUUCUUCCUCUCGUCGGCACAAAUACGAGCCCGAUACCCAUCCGCUCAACCUCCCUCCCGAAGAACGAAAGCGAUUAUCCGCUCUCGCCGCUGCAAUGAACGGUAACUCCAUGGAUGUCGACAGCGAGCCUGUUAAUGGCGCUCGUUCAACUACUCCUCCCAACCCGAAAGCCCAGACCAACUUUUCCGUCCCUAUUCCCAACGGCUCCAGUCAUGAUGACGGCGCCCCUCCGCCACCUCCUCACAAAUCCAACCCUGGAAGCCCAACAAUUACGCCUGAGGAAGAUGCCGAAGCCUACAAGGCUGCUGGUAACCGAUUUUUCAAGGAGAAGAACUACUACAAGGCUAUCGAACAGUACAGCAAAGCUGUCGAUCUGUUCCCCUUCUCCGCUACUUAUCUAGGCAACCGAGCUGCUGCUUAUAUGUCUAAUGGCCAAUAUGAGCAUGCUCUUGAAGACUGCUCCAGGGCUGCCGAUUAUGAUCCUCAGAAUGCCAAGAUUCUUCUGCGUUUGGCCCGUAUCUAUACUGCUAUGGGCCGACCGGAGGAAGCCAUGACAACCUUCAACCGCAUUGACCCCCCACCAUCUGCUAAGGACAUGGCCCCUGCGAAGGAGAUGUUGCAUCAUAUUCAGUCUGCCCGUGAUAUUCUCGCACGUGGAUCUGGAUCUGGCAUGUCCAUGGUGCUUCAUGCUCUCGACCUGGCUGAGCGCGGCCUGGGUCCUAGUGUCAGCAAGCCCCGCAAGUGGCAGCUUAUGCGCGGAGAGGCUUAUCUAUUAAUGGGACGGGAAAACUCAUUGGGAGAGGCGCAAAACAUUGCUAUGAACCUCCUCCGAAACAACAGCCAGGAUCCUGAGGCUCUUGUUCUCAGAGGACGUGUUCUCUAUGGUCAGGGCGAGAACGAUAAGGCUAUCCAGUUCUUCCGUAUGGCUAUUAACUGUGAUCCUGAUUUCCGUGAUGCUGUCAAGUGGCUCCGAAUUGUCCAAAGACUUGAUCGCAUGAAGGAGGAGGGCAACACCGACUUCAAGGCAGGUCGUCUACAACAAGCCAUCGAGAAGUAUACCAAUGCUCUGGAAAUUGACCCUUCCAAUAAGAGCAUGAACUCGAAGCUGUUGCAGAACCGGGCACAAUGCAAGAUCAAGCUCAAGCAGUACGACGAUGCCAUCGCCGACUGUGAGCGGGCCAUUAACCUUGACCCUGGUUACACGAAGGCCCGUAAGACCAAGGCCAAUGCUUUGGGCGGUGCCGAGAGGUGGGAAGACGCCGUUAAGGAGUGGAAGGCCAUACAGGAGCUUGAUCCAGAGGACCGUACUAUCAUGCGAGAGAUCCGCAAGGCGGAGCUUGAGCUCAAGAAGGCCCAACGCAAGGACUACUAUAAGAUCGUUGGUGUUGAGAAGACGGCUACAGGUGACGAGAUCAAGAAGGCUUAUCGCAAGAUGGCUGUUAAGCUCCACCCUGACAAGAACCCCGGUGACCCUCAUGCCGAGGAGAAGUUCAAGGACUUGCAGGAGGCUUACGAGUGCUUGAGCGACCCUCAGAAACGUGCUGCUUACGACAACGGCGAUGAUCUUAUGGACCCCAACGAUAUGUUCGGUGGCGGUGGCAUGGGAGGAGGUAUGGGCGGCAUCGACCCGGAGAUCCUCUUCAGCAUGAUGGGCCAGCAGGGCGGUUUCGGCGGCGGCGGUUUCCGAUCUGCUGGAGGCUUCCCCGGCGGUGGCGGCGGCGGCGCCCAUUUCAACUUUGGUGGUGCUGACCCCAGGCAACGUGGAGGAUUCCCCGGCGGUUUCAACUUUUCAUGA